GCUGUUCAAUUGAAAUUGAUGUCAAAGUUGUCACUUGUGAGGAGACUCCUUCUACAGGUCGCGUUUCAAAAAACAAGCAAAACAUGGCGAAUAUCACGGCAGCCGUGAUUGCAAAUCGCAAUAAAAAGCAUUUCCUUGGUAUCCCAGCCCCUCUGGGCUAUGUGGCCGGUGUUGGACGAGGCGCUACAGGAUUCACCACUCGAUCGGAUAUUGGUCCUGCACGAGAUGCCAAUGAUGUUUCCGAUGAUCGGCACGCUCCUCCCGCUGCAAAGCGUAAAAAGAAAGAGGAGGAGGAAGAGGACGACGAGGACUUGAACGACUCCAACUAUGACGAAUUCAGUGGAUACAGUGGCUCUUUGUUCUCUAAAGAUCCUUAUGACAAAGAUGAUGAGGAAGCCGAUGCCAUAUAUGAGUCGAUAGACAAACGUAUGGAUGAGAAGCGCAAGGAGUAUCGUGAGAAGCGGAUGAAAGAGGAUUUGGAACGCUAUCGUCAGGAACGACCGAAGAUUCAACAGCAAUUCUCUGAUUUGAAGCGGAACCUUAUUAAUGUUACCGCAGAAGAAUGGAUCAAUAUUCCUGAAGUGGGGGACAGUCGUAAUAGGAAGCAACGGAACCCUAGGGCGGAGAAAUUCACUCCGCUCCCCGACAGUGUUUUAUCUCGUAGUCUUGGAGGGGAAACUACAACAAAUCUUGAUCCACGUUCCGGAUUGGCUUCAGUAGUCCCUGGGGUGGCUACCCCCGGUAUGCUGACACCCACAGGGGACUUGGAUCUGAGGAAAAUCGGCCAAGCUAGGAAUACUCUGAUGAAUGUGAAACUGUCGCAGGUCUCCGACUCUGUAGCUGGACAAACAGUCGUCGAUCCAAAAGGUUACUUAACGGACAUGCAGAGUAUGAUACCGACAUAUGGUGGGGAUAUCAAUGACAUAAAGAAGGCUCGCUUGCUCCUGAAGAGUGUGCGAGAGACAAAUCCCAAUCAUCCACCCGCUUGGAUAGCUAGUGCUCGUCUAGAGGAAGUUACGGGCAAAGUUCAAAUGGCCCGAAAUUUGAUCAUGCGAGGAUGUGAAAUUAACCCGCAAAGUGAAGACUUGUGGCUGGAAGCAGCGCGGUUGCAGCCUCCAGAUACGGCGAAGGCGGUCAUCGCACAAGCUGCAAGACACAUUCCCACCUCUGUGCGCAUUUGGAUCAAGGCUGCUGACUUGGAGACUGAAUUGAAGGCCAAGCGACGAGUCUUCCGCAAGGCGUUAGAACACAUUCCAAACUCCGUACGUCUUUGGAAAGCAGCGGUUGAGCUAGAAAAUCCGGAAGAUGCUCGUAUCCUUCUGUCGCGGGCUGUGGAAUGUUGCAACACAAGCGUUGAACUUUGGUUGGCUCUGGCUCGUCUGGAAACCUACGAGAAUGCCCGAAAAGUUCUCAACAAAGCUCGUGAAAAUAUCCCAACUGAUAAGCAAAUUUGGACAACGGCCGCAAAACUCGAGGAGGCCAACGGGAACAUUCACAUGGUUGAGAAGAUUAUUGAUCGAGCCUUGACAUCGCUGAGCGCAAAUGGGGUGGAGAUAAACCGCGAGCAAUGGUUCCAGGAGGCGAUAGAAGCCGAGAAGUCGAAUGCCGUGCACUGUUGUCGGGCGAUCAUUAAGGCGGUGAUUGCGAUCGGCGUGGAAGAGGAGGAUAGAAAGCAGACGUGGAUCGAUGAUGCCGAAUAUUGUGCCAAGGAAAAUGCCUUCGAAUGUGCCCGAGCUGUCUAUGCGUUUGCGCUGCAGGAGUUCCCGUCGAAGAAAAGUAUUUGGUUGCGUGCUGCCUAUUUCGAGAAGAAUCAUGGAACCCGCGAAAGCUUAGAAGCACUGCUCCAGCGCGCGGUCGCCCACUGUCCCAAGUCUGAAGUUCUCUGGCUGAUGGGCGCCAAAUCCAAAUGGCUUGCAGGAGACGUUCCCGCUGCUCGAGGUAUCCUAUCUCUUGCUUUCCAAGCAAAUCCCAAUUCCGAGGACAUUUGGUUGGCUGCUGUGAAACUCGAGAGUGAAAACUCUGAAUACGAGCGUGCCAGACGUCUUUUAGCCAAAGCUCGCGCAUCAGCACCUACCCCUCGUGUCAUGAUGAAGUCCGCUCGACUAGAGUGGGCACUUGAAAAUCUGUCCGAAGCCUUGAACCUUCUCGAGGAAGCAGUAAAAGUUUUCCCAGAUUUCCCCAAGCUCUGGAUGAUGAAAGGCCAAAUCGAAGAACAACAACGAAGGUUAGAGAAAGCAGCGCAAACCUACACACAAGGAUUGAAAAAAUGUCCCAACUCAAUACCGCUGUGGAUUCUAUCAUCGUCACUCGAAGAACGCGAAGGAACACUCACAAAAGCCCGAUCGAUUUUGGAGCGUGGUCGUUUGAAAAACCCGAAAACUGCAAGGCUUUGGCUGGAGGCGAUUCGCAUCGAAUUGCGAGCAGGACUUAAAGAAAUUGCAAAUAAUCUGAUGGCGAGGGCUUUGCAGGAAUGCCCAGAUGCAGGUGAACUAUGGGCUGAAUCAAUUUUCAUGGAGUCCAAGCCGCAACGGAAAACGAAAUCAGUGGACGCACUGAAAAAAUGCGAACAUGACCCACAUGUGCUGUUGGCCGUCUCCAAGCUUUUCUGGUCGGAGCAUAAGAUGCAGAAAUGUCGCGAUUGGUUCAAUAGAACGGUUAAAAUCGAUCCGGAUCUUGGCGAUGCUUGGGCGUAUUUCUACAAAUUCGAGCUGCUGCACGGCAACGAACAGCAACAGAAUGAGGUAUUGGAACGAUGUGUUGCAGCCGAACCGAAACAUGGCGAAGGUUGGUGUCGAGUUAGUAAGCAUAUUAAAAACUGGUGUUACAAAACGCCGGAGAUAUUGAAAGCAGUUGUGAAGGAGCUGACGAUCCCCACGUAAAACCAAUUCAGUACAACACAUCAGCUUUUCAUUGUAAGACUCCUGUUUGGUUUAUAAAUAAGAGAAUAUAUAGAUUAUUUUAAGAAUUA